AAACGCUCCACGGGAGCCCAUUGCGAUUGUCGGUAGCUCGUGCCGCUUCGCAGGCGACGCUACAUCCCCUUCGAAGCUAUGGGAGCUCCUGAAAGAACCGAGAGACGUGCAGAGUAGGAUUCCAGACACGCGCUUCUGCGCGGAGGGCUUCUACCACCAAAGCCAUGCGCACCAUAGGCACUGCAAUAUGAAGCACGCCUAUCUCCUGAACCAGGACCCCGCUGCCUUCGAUGCCGAGUUCUUUGGCAUCAGCGCCAUAGAGAGCAAGGCUAUCGACCCGCAACAGCGGAUGCUCCUCGAGAUUGUCUACGAGGCCCUGGAAGACGCUGGGAUGGACAUGGAGGCCCUGCGGGGGAGCGACACGGCCGUGUUUGCCGGGCUGAUGUGUGCCGAGUACGAGGCCAUUCUGCUUCGGGACCUCGACAAUGUGCCCACGUACUAUGCCUCGGGCACGUCGAGGGCCAUUCUCUCCAACAGGAUCUCGUAUCUGUUUGACUGGCACGGCGCGUCAAUAACAGUCGACACGGCGUGCUCGUCGAGCUUGGUUGCCGUGCACCAAGCAGUGCAAGCGCUGCGCUCGGGAGAGUCCAGGAUAGCCGUCGCCUGCGGCGCCAACCUCAUUCUCGGGUCAGAGCCUUUCAUUGUGGAGAGCAAGGUCAAGAUACUGUCGCCCGACGGACGCAGCCGCAUGUGGGACAAGGAAGCAAACGACUACGCGCGAGGUGAUGGCAUCGCGGCCUUGGUCCUCAAGCCAUUCAGCCAGGCCAUACAAGACGGCGACGCCAUCCACUGCCUGGUACGAGAGACAGGCGUGUGCCAAGAUGGCGCCACGGCUGGCAUCACAAUGCCCAGCGCCACAGCUCAAAGGGCACCGAUUCACAACACCUUCAGGAGGGCCGGGCUGGACCCCCAUGCGGCGGCCGACUGCCCACAGUACUUUGAGGCGCAUAGAACGGGGACACCAGCGGGCGACCCCAUUGAGGCUGAGGCCAUCCGCACUGCGUUCUUUAGCGAGGGAUCCGCACUGGCCGAUGGCCAUCCGCUCUAUGUUGGCUCCAUCAAGACCGUCCUCGGCCACACCGAGGGCACCGCCGGCAUCGCCGGCAUCCUCAAGGCAGCGUGGGC